ACGUUUCUCAGCGUUCACUGUGUUGCUGCAUCUGUCCUGAUUCAUGGAUUCCUGGUUUCUCUGUAACUGGAGGUCUUCAUGCAGCUCCAUCCACUUCACCCGGCGAGUGCACGAAAUUGUUGUGGCCACAGUUUCUGAGUGGGUGAAUGAGUUUGUAGAUUCAGUGCCAGAGGCGGCGUGGGUGUAAGAAAAGGCUUCAUGACAAGUGGAAGCGGAAACAUUGACAUUUGAUACCUCGUCCAAUCAGAGGGUUAUCUCUGUGCCGGUCCGCUCUGACACAGGACAUGGACGAGAGUAUAUAUAUUCACCUCAAGUUUGGGGAAAAGAAACAGAACUAUAGCAAGUGACUUGUCCACGGGCAGAAACCAAUAAGGAGGCAUCAUGAAGACUCUGGCUCUCCUCUCCGUCUGUGCUCUUCUCUCAGUGUGCUGGUCCAUGGGAGCCAUUGAACCAGAGGUGGUGGUGGACGAUGCUGCCGACACAGCCACUGAAGCCGCACCUGUUGACUCCGCAACCUCUGCUUCGGACUCUUCAUCCUCCUCUGAGUCCGACUCAGCUUCAUCCUCCGCAUCAGACUCUGACUCGUCCUCCGACUCGUCCGCAUCCGACUCCAACUCGAGCUCAGACUCCUCUUCCUCUUCCUCGGAAUCCUCAGAGUCUUCAUCAUCCGAGUCCAACGAGGCCUCUUCCUCAGAGUCCUCCUCUUCCGAGUCUGCCUCCUCCGAGUCCAACUCUGCCUCAGACUCUUCCUCUUCUUCCUCAUCUUCCUCUUCCUCAUCUGAGUCCACGAGCACUGAGGGUAUGCAUGGCUUUCUCUCAGAUGAAGUUUCUAGAAGUUUCUGUGAUUCUGAGAAGUUCAAUGUGUCAUUUGUGACUUUUUCUUCUGCAGCAUCUCCAGUUGUUGCCAAGAGAGACCUGGCUGCUGUUCUCCUGAGGAGCAGAAGAGCAGUCGGAGGAGAACUCACCCCUCUCCAGUUGGAAAGCCUGAGAGAGGUGUGUGAAGUGAACGACGCCUGUGAUGAGAUGGCCGAAACUGCAGGUAUCGUUGCUGCGUACAUCGCCUACUACGGACCAGUUCCCUUCUAAGUGAAAAACUGAUCUUUCAUCCUUGAUGAACUGUUUUCUUUGACUUAGUAUUUGAAACGUGCAAUAAACCCCAAAAAGUCCAAAAAGGACCUGAUGAUCUAAAGGAUUUGUUAUGAUAGAAUUUUUUUUAGCCUUUCAUUUUUUUGUUUUACUUAGUUUACUUUGCACAACUGACCCUGAAUGAAGAAGCAUCUUGCAGGCUUUAGAGAGAGGCACAUGGAAACGCAGACCUGUGGAGAAUGCAGUGGCCCGUAACCAAACUAAAUUAUUCUUCUGUUCUACAGUACAACAGAUGGUGCUACACGUGCAGAUGUAUUGAAAAUGUAUAUUUUAUGUAGUUGUUGUAACAUGCUUAGAUUAAAUAGUAGCCGU